CCGGGGCGGCAGGUGGGCGAAGGCAGCUGCGCAGAGGCGCGGAGAGGAGAGCUCAGCUGGAUAACUUGGAAGAGUGGAAAGCUGAACAGCCGACGAUGAGCGUGUCUGCAUCUGAAGCCGUGGUUUGACUGUUAAGAUUUCAACAAGAAAAACUUAAGCUUCAUUGGAUUCCCACAUCAAAGAAAAGCUGACAGCUUUCAGAAAGAGUUUUGCUUUGACGAUAAAGAAGAGCCUGCCAACCACAGGCGAGGCCUUGAUACCAAGUGUUUAGCUGCACUCCCAAAAGUUGCAGAAUUAAGAAAAAUCUUCGAACCAAAGAGGAAAGACUUUUUAGAGAUGAAAAGAAAGGAAAGAAUUGCCAGGCGCUUAGAGGGAAUAGAAAAUGACCCCCAGCCCAUCCUGUUGCAGAGCUGCACAGGGCUAGUGACUCAUAGACUGCUGGAGGAAGAUACACCCAGAUACAUGCGCGCCACAGACCCUGCCAGCCCUCACACUGGGCGAUCUAAUGAAGAGGAAGACAGUUCCGGGUCUUCCUUAGAAAAGCAAACUCCAUCUAAAUACUGCACAGAAACCUCAGGCAUCCAUAGUUCGGGCUCCAUGGACACCCACAGUCUGGAGUCCAAAGCGGAAAGGAUCGCAAGGUACAAAGCCGAGAGGAGGCGGCAGCUGGCAGAAAAGUACGGGCUGACCCUGGACCCGGAAGCUGACUCCGAAUACUUGUCUCGAUAUGCCAAGUCUCGGAAGGACCCAGAAGUGGGUGACAGACGAGGAAAAGGUGACAAGCAGGAAGAACCGAGCAAGGACACCAGUUCCUUGCACUCCAGGGCAGAGCCAGGGCCCAGGACCAGCUUGGUAGAGUCCCAGGACAGCGCCCCGCUGGGGAGCAACAUGUCUGACCAGGAGCUGCUGCUCAACUUGGAGAACCAGCGGCGAGUCCAAGAGGCCCCGGUGGCAGAAGAUGGUCCCCCUGCCUUCUUUUCUGAGCGAGGCACCUCCUUCUCUGAAGUGCCAAGGUCCCCAAAGCAAAUGUCCAGCUCACCACUGCAGCAGCCAGCCUCCCCGAGCCUCCUGGGUGACCCGCCGGUGCCCCUGGAGGCCCGAGCCAGUACAGGGAAGGCCACCCAUGAGUGGUUUCUGCAGAAAGAUGCCGAAGGGGAUACACCUUCACUUAUCAACUGGCCUUCCAGAGUUAAAGUUAGAGAAAAAUUGGUGAAGGAGGAGAGUGCUCGCAGCAGCCCUGAACUCACCUCAGAGCACUUAACUCAGAGGAGACCAGGACCAGCGCAUUUCCUGUCCAUCCAGUCAGAAAGCUCCGCCUUUGAUAGGGUCACCAGCAAGGUAGUGAGCUCACUACGGCCAAGCCGGAGCUGUGUCCUGCCAGCUGACCCUGUUCAUGCCAUCAAGCUGGUGACCGUGGACACCCCAGAAAGCGCAUCUGAAUCCAGCUGGGUGGGGUCAGCCACCCCAAAUGUCAUAAAAUCUACCACCCUGAAGAUUCUAGAAGGUGGGUUGAGGGACGCUCCAGAGCUCCACAUUUGUGAAUCAAAAGCGAAAGAUGUGCCUCCCCCUGAACCUCUGGAGAGGAGCCCCAAAUCCCUCUUGACCUCCGAAGAUGGCAGGCUUGUGAGAGGCCACGAAGACCCCUCUGGUCAUGAAGAUUUAGAUGAGCCCAGGGUUCGCUCCAUCACUGUAGAACCUGAGAGGGGGCGGCGAGUUCAACACCAGCCCACUCAGAGAAUUGGCCGGAGUGAAAUGGUUCUGUAUAUGCAGAGUGGUCCCGUGUCCCAAGAUGCCACAUUGACCAGUCACACAAAAGAGGCCUCGCCAAAGAAGCGCAAGGUUUUGGCCCGGUCCCUGUCGGAUUACACGGGUCCCCCUCAGCUUCAGGCCCUCAGACACAAUAAGGACGCAGCCCCAAAGCAGGAGCUGGAGCUGCCGAGUUCCAGGGCAGAAGGGUCUGGUGCAGAAGCUAGCAUGCUGGACACCAGAGUCUCCGUCGCUCAGCUCCGAAAUAUGUUUCUGGAGUCAGCCAGAGCCAACAAGAAACCUGAACUCCAAUCCCGGGUUGAGAGGUCAGCUGAAGGAAUUGGCUUGCCCACGGAACGGGAGAGAGGGUCUCGGAAACCAAGACGCUAUCUUUCUCCUGGUGAAAGUAGGAAAACCUCUGAGCGAUUUAGAACUCAACCUAUAACCUCAGCAGAGCGAAAGGAGUCGGAUAGGUACCCUUCGGGUUCAGACAUGCCAAUGGUUGAAGAUGAAGAAAAGGUAGAUGAACGGGCCAAGCUGAGUGUCUCUGCCAAGAGGUUGCUUUUCAGGGAAAUGGAGAAAUCAUUUGAUGAACACAACGUCCCAAAGAGACGUUCGAGAAACGCGGCUGUGGAGCAAAGGCUGCGCCGCCUGCAGGACCGGUCUCACACCCAGCCCAUCACCACGGAGGAAGUGGUCAUCGCAGCCACUGAACCUAUCCCUGCUUCGCGUUCUGGGGGCACCCACCCUGUCAUGGCAAGACUUCCUAGCCUCACUGUAGCUAGGAGCGCUGUGCAGCCUGCCAGGUUACAAGCGUCUGCUCACCAAAAGGCUUUAGCCAGGGACCAGGCAAAUGAGGGCAGAGAGUCUGCCGAACCAGGUGAACCUGAUUCCUCCACUCUGAGCUUAGCAGAGAAAUUGGCCUUGUUUAACAAAUUGUCCCAGCCAGUCUCCAAAGCCAUUUCCACCCGAAACAGAAUAGACGUGCGGCAGAGAAGGAUGAACGCGAGGUAUCAGACUCAGCCGGUCACGCUUGGAGAGGUGGAGCAGGUGCAGAGUGGGAAGCUCAUCUCCUUCACCCCCACUGUGAACACAUCCGUUUCUACCGUGGCCUCUGCAAUCGCCCCCACAUACGCAGGGGACCUUCGGGCGAAGCCGUCUGUUGACAGCACAAGUCCCACUGACCACAAGUUUCCUUCUCCCGUGGAAAACUCAGACUCUCCAGUGAGAAGCAUUCUGAAACCGCAAGCCUGGCAGCCUUUGGCAGAGCACAGUGGGAGCAAAGGAAUGCUGGGGGAGUGUGGAGAGACAGAAAGCAAGAAAGCGCCGACUGCAGUAGACAGUGGCAUUCAAACAUACAGAGCCUUCGAGGACGAAGCCGAGUCCUCCUACCCUGUCCUUGGCCGAGUCAGAGAGGGUGACGGCCAGAAGGAGCCUAAACAUGCCAUUCUGAGGAGGGGAAGCUUAGAGCUAGGUCAUCCUCCUGUCACCCACCCUGGUGAGGAGCUAAAGGAAUUUUCCAUUGCUAAAAGCAGUUUGCAAGAGAAUCUGGACCUGAAGGAUAAGCAGACCUCGGAGGAGAACGUAGAUGUGGAGAAUGUCAUGAGAAAGUUCUCACUCAAAGCAGCAGAGUUUGGAGAACCUGCUUCUGAGCAGACAGAGCCAGCUGCUGGGAAAGCCUCUCUUCAGACAGCAACCUCGGGGUCCUGGAAGCAGCAGGAUCCCUCUGAGCAGCUGGCAGAGAAGCUCUUCAAGAGCCCCUGUGCCAUGUUCGCUGCCGGAGAGGUCAGAGUGCCAGUGGGCGAGACUCUCCUGGAUUCACCCAGCAAAACCAUGUCAAUCAAAGAAAGGCUGGCACUGUUGAAGAAGAGUGGAGAGGAGGACUGGAAGAACAGACUGAUUCGGAAGCAGGAAUAUGGCAAAGCCAGCAGCAGCCUGCACAUCCAGGAGGUGGAACAGUCCCUGAAGAAGGAAGAAGGAGGAUUUACAGAUGAUAAUGCCAUUUCUAAUCUGCUUUGGCGGGUUGCAGAAAGUCGAGAGAGCCAGAUGACGAUUGAGGAGAGGAAACACCUCAUCACUGUGCGAGAGGAAGCAUGGAAGACGAAGGGGAGAGGUGCAGCCAAUGACUCCACCCAGUUCACCGUGGCAGGAAGAAUGGUGAAGAAAGGUCUGGCAUCACCCACAGCUAUAACUCCAGUCUCAUCCCCUCUCUGCAGCAAAUCAAGAGGCACCACCCCAGUUUCCAAACCCCUGGAAGAUAUUGAAGCCAGACCAGAUAUGCAGCUGGAAUCGGACCUGAAGUUGGACAGGCUGGAAACCUUUCUAAGGAGGUUGAACAACAAAGUUGCUGGGAUGCAGGAAACGGUUCUCACCGUCACUGGGAAAUCUGUCAAGGAGGUGAUGAAGUUGGAUGACGAUGAAACCUUUGCCAAAUUCUACCGCAGCGUGGAUCACAAUAUACCCAGAAGCCCCGUGGAGCUGGAGGAGGACUUCGAUGUCAUUUUUGACCCAUACGCUCCCAAGUUGACAUCUUCUGUGGCGGAACAUAAGCGUUCGGUUAGGCCCAGGCGCCGGGUCCAGGCUUCCAAGAACCCACUCAAACUGUUGGCAGCAAGAGACGAUCUCCUUCAGGAGUACACGGAGCAAAGGCUAAACGUGGCCUUCAUGGAGUCCAAGCGGAUGAAAGUAGAAAAGAUGUCAUCCAAUUCCAACUUCUCAGAGGUGACUCUAGCAGGCCUGGCCAGCAGGGAGAACUUCAGCAGCAUCAGCCUGAGGAGUGUCAACCUGAUGGAACAGAACUCCAACAACAGCGCCGUGCCCUACAAGAAGCUCAUGUUGCUGCAGAUUAAAGGUAGAAGACACGUGCAGACAAGGCUGGUGGAGCCUCGGGCCUCGUCACUCAGCAGCGGGGACUGCUUCCUUCUGCUCUCUCCCCAGUAUUGCUUCCUGUGGGUAGGAGAGUUCUCAAAUGUCAUCGAGAAGGCAAAGGCAUCUGAACUUGCAACGUUAAUUCAGACAAAGAGGGAGCUUGGUUGUAGAGCUACAUACAUCCAGACCAUUGAGGAAGGAAUUAACACACAUACUCACGCAGCCAAAGACUUCUGGAAGCUCCUGGGUGGCCAGACCAGUUACCAGUCUGCCGGAGACCCAAAGGAAGAUGAACUGUACGAGACAGCCAUCAUAGAGACGAACUGUGUCUACCGCCUGACGGACGACAAACUCGUCCCUGAUGAUGACUACUGGGGGAAGAUUCCGAAGUGCUCCCUUCUGCAGUCCAAAGAGGUCCUGGUGUUUGAUUUUGGAAGUGAAGUUUACGUGUGGCAUGGGAAGGAAGUCACGUUAGCACAACGGAAAAUAGCAUUCCAGCUGGCUAAGCACCUAUGGAACGGAACCUUCGACUACGAGAAUUGUGACAUCAACCCGCUGGACCCUGGAGAGUGCAACCCGCUCAUUCCCAGGAAAGGGCAAGGGCGACCCGACUGGGCCAUAUUUGGGAGAGUUACGGAGCACAACGAGACUAUUCUGUUCAAAGAGAAAUUCCUCGACUGGACAGAACUGAAGAGACCUACGGAGAGGAACUCUGGGGAAGUUGUCCAACAGAAGGAUGAUCCUAGGGCUGACAUCAAGCCCUAUGAUGUGACGCGGAUGGUGGCCAUGCCCCAGGUGACAGCCAGCACCAUCCUAGAUGGGGUGAACGUUGGCCGUGGCUACGGCCUGGUGGAAGGGGAUGACAGGAGACAGUUUGAGAUUGCCACCGUCUCUGUCGAUGUGUGGCAUAUUCUGGAAUUCGACUACAGCCGCCUCCCCAGGCAGAGCAUCGGGCAGUUCCAUGAGGGGGAUGCCUAUGUGGUCAAGUGGAAGUUCAUGGUGAGCACUGCAGUGGGAAGCCGGCAGAAGGGAGAGCAUCCGGUGAGAGUGGCCGGCAAAGAGAAAUGUGUCUAUUUCUUCUGGCAAGGCCGGCACUCAACCGUGAGUGAGAAGGGAACAUCAGCACUGAUGACGGUGGAGCUGGAUGAAGAAAGGGGGGCCCAGGUCCAGGUUCUGCAGGGAAAGGAGCCCCCCUGUUUCCUCCAGUGUUUCCAGGGAGGUAUGGUGGUGCACUCUGGACGAAGGGAAGAGGAAGAAGAAAAUGUGCAAAGUGAAUGGAGACUGUAUUGUGUGCGGGGAGAGGUGCCCAUGGAAGGGAACUUGCUGGAGGUGGCCUGUCACGGCAGCAGCCUCAGGUCCAGGACUUCCAUGGUUGUCCUGAACAUAAACAAGGCCCUCAUUUACCUGUGGCAUGGAUGCAAAGCCCAGGGCCACACGAAGGAAGUUGGAAGGACUGCUGCCAAUAAAAUCAAGGAACAAUGUCCCCUGGAAGCAGGAUUGCACAGCAGCAGCAAUGUGACAAUACAUGAGUGUGAUGAAGGAUCCGAGCCCCUGGGAUUCUGGGACGCCCUGGGGAGGAGGGACAGGAAAGCCUAUGACUGCAUGCUUCAAGAUCCUGGAAGUUUUAACUUCGCGCCCCGCCUGUUCAUCCUCAGCAGCUCCUCCGGAGACUUCUCGGCGACCGAGUUCGUGUACCCCGCGCGAGCGCCCUCUGCCGUCAGCUCCAUGCCUUUCCUGCAGGAGGAUCUGUACAGCGCGCCGCAGCCAGCACUCUUCCUCGUUGACAAUCACCACGAGGUGUACCUCUGGCAGGGCUGGUGGCCCACUGAGAACAAGAUAACCGGUUCUGCCCGCAUUCGCUGGGCCUCAGACCGGAAGAGCGCCAUGGAGACGGUCCUGCAGUACUGCCGAGGAAAGAAUCUCAAAAGGCCACCCCCCAAGUCUUACCUUAUCCAUGCUGGGCUAGAGCCCCUGACGUUCACCAACAUGUUUCCCAGCUGGGAGCACAGAGAGGACAUUGCUGAGAUCACAGAAAUGGAUACUGAAGUUUCCAACCAGAUCACCCUGGUAGAAGAUGUCCUAGCCAAGCUCUGUAAAACCAUCUAUCCGCUGGCAGAUCUGCUUGCCAGGCCCCUCCCGGAGGGAGUAGACCCUCUAAAGCUUGAGAUUUAUCUCACAGAUGAAGACUUUGAGUUUGCACUCGACAUGACCAGAGAUGAAUUCAACGCACUGCCCACCUGGAAGCAAGUGAACCUGAAGAAAGCUAAGGGCCUGUUCUGAGGAUGUAAUGACAGGCGCCACCAAGAGAUCACUUCCGGUGCCUCUAGAC